UUGACCGAGAUUUGCGAGGAAGUGACAGUACAUGAUAGUGUGGUGGGUCGGGUCAGAGGUGCUAUGUAUGUAGCCUAUACCACUUUAGGUCAAAUAGUGUGCUAUUUAGGCUAGUUGGUGCUGAUGAUUAAUCGGAUAUUUUGAAAUAAUUAGGUCAAUUAACAAGUUUAAAACUACAUUUCUGAUGACAAAGUUUUUUGAAUUUGUGCUAGACGUGUCCUUCCAACGGUAAGAAGACGCAUAUGUGUAACUUGUUUACCGCCGUCUGGUCCUCAGUGUAUUUCAUGCCCGGGUCCGGAGCACCAGCAAGCGGCUCCUUUUUCCGCUGCAAAAAUGAUAUUUAAACGAAGCGUCAAGUGUUUCGAAAUGUAACUUGGGCGGCAUGGGGAAACACAAAUGCUCCCGGUGGCUCGAUUACUUUCAGUACCUAAUUCGAAAAUAGUUAAUUUUGUUUUACAUGUAAACCUCGAACCAGACGCGCGAACUACCCCGGAGCGUGGGAGAAACUUGGAGACGAAUUAUGUCGCCUCGUUUGGAUUCGGGAAGGCAGCGACGGCAGCUGAGAAGUCAGAAGGAAAUGGUAGCUUUUGCUAUCUGAAAACUUCUCAUUCUUUUAACUGGAAUUUGUGAAAGCCAAGAAGAUGGCUUCGGAGGUCGUUUGUGGAUUGGUCUUCAGGAUACUCUUGCCAGUUUGCUUGACAACAGCAUGCCUGUUCCGGUACAAUGGGUUGUCCUUCGUCUACCUCAUAUACCUCCUCCUCAUCCCCCUCUUCGCAGAGCCCACCAGCACUACCAUGAAGGGCCACACAGGGCGGUUGCUGAUGUCCCUGUGCUUCACCAGUAUGUCUUUCCUCAUCAUCCACAUCAUCUACCAGAUCACCAUCCACAGCCUGCUGGCGGGAGAGACUAUCGACCCUCACUUCAACUGUUCCUCUUGGGAGAAGUCCAUGAGACAGAUUGGCUUUGAAAGUGUGAUUGGCGCAGACGCGGGGAAUGGCAUUCGGGUGUUCAUCCCAGACAUCGGCAUGUUCAUGGCCGGCCUGGGCACGUGGAUGCUGUGCCACCGCAGCCUGCUGCAGAAGAGACCCGCUGAGGAGAUGGGACAGGACAACAGCGAGUUCGAACCAGAGGACAUGGACGAUGAGAAGGACGUGGAAAAGGUGGACCUGGACGACGAUGACAACAUCCUGUUUGACGAAGACUUUGACGCUGAAGACGAGGCAGAUGAUGAGGAUGAGGAGUAUAUGCUGGACGAAGAGGAGGAGGAAGAAGAAGAAGAGGAGGAAGAGGAGGUGGAGGAGAGUCGAAAGAUGAAGAUCUUGCGUCAUGUCGCAGGUGUUGCGACCAAAGUGAAAGAGAUCAUCGGCAACUUGAUAACCACAGCUGGCAAGGUGGUGGUCACCAUUCUGCUCGGUCUCACAGGCAUCAUGCUUCCCUCCGUGACCUCCAUGACCUACUUCCUGGUCUUCCUGUUCCUCUGCACGUGGUGGUCUCUGUGCCGCCACUUCGACACGCUGCUCUUCAGCUGCCUGUGUGUGCUGAUGGCCAUCUUCAGUGCUGGACACAUCGUCGUGCUCUACCUCUACCAGUUCCAGUUCAUACAGGAGAGCUUCUCUCACGACGACACCGUCGUCAGUGUGUUUGGCAUCUCACCUGUGGUCCAGACUGACUGCUCAUCCACCUGGCGCUUCAUCGUGAACCCCACGCUGGAGUGGCACCACUUCGUCAACCCCAUCAUGCUGCUGGUGCUGUACUACACCCUGGCCACCCUGAUCCGCCUCUGGCUGCAGGAGCCCCUGGAGGAUGAGGAUGUGGAAGAGAACGAGGGUGAGGUCGUCACGGGCAACAGUGGUGGGCACACAGCGGUACACAAGAGGCAGCAGUGGUGGAAGGCCCACCAGAGGACGGACGAGAAAAACGCCAUAGUUGUCUCGUCAAAUGGAACGUCUUUUGACUACGUCUCGUCCCGCAACACUGAGAACGGGCCGCUGAGAGUGGAUGUCUAUUCCACGCCUCAGUACAAAGUGGACCAAACCAACGAGAUAUCAGAAAAGAAAGACAGUGGCGUGUAUGAGGUCACUGACAUGGGAGACGAGGAGAAGACCAAGGAUGAGGAUGACGAGGAGGGAGAGGAAGAGGAGGACGGGGAGGAAGAGGAGGAGGACGGGGAGGAGGGAGAGGAGCCAAAUGUGGGUCCAAAUGCCCUGGUGAAGGGGUUCAACUUCGUCAUGAAGCAGAGCUACAUCUGCGCCCUCAUCGCAAUGAUGGCGUGGAGCAUCACGUAUGUGAGCUGGCUGACCUUUGUCUUCCUGAUGUGGUCCUGUAUGCUGUGGAUGGUGCGCGACCGCCGCCGCUACACCAUGCUCAGCUCCCCCUUCAUGGUCGCCUAUGGCAACCUGGUGCUGACGCUGCAGUACAUAUGGAGCUUCGAGAAGGUGCCAGGGGUGCCGGGGGUCUUCCUCAAGAUCCCCGUGCCCUUCUCAGACCUGGGCUCUAAGAUCUUAUGCCUUCUUACCUUCUGGCUGCUGCUACACCAAACCCUGACGGAGAGGCAGGACAGGCUGAAGGAGGAGACAGACCUCACAGAUGUCACUGUAGACAUCCCCAAAAAGGAGGAUGAAGAGAAGGAGGGCGAGGGCGAGGGUGAUGAGAGCGACCUGAUGCAGGUGCUGGGUGGCAUGGUGAAGGCCCUGCUGGUCAAGUACUGGAUCUACAUCUGCGGGGGCAUGUUCUUCUUCGUCAGCUUCCAGGGAGACAUGGUCAUGUACAAGAUCAUCUACAUGAUGAUGUUCCUCUUCUGCGUGGCCCUCUAUCAGAUGCACUAUGACUGGUGGCGGAGGAUCCUGAAGUACUUCUGGAUGUCCGUGGUGAUGUACACCAUGCUGGUGCUCAUACUGGUGUACACCUAUCAGUUUGAGAACUCGCCCCGCAUAUGGCAAGACAUGACAGGAUGGAGUGACAAAAAGCUAAAGGAUCUGGGCCUGGAGCAGUUCAAGACGGCGGACCUGUUCACGCGUAUCUUCAUCCCCACCUCCUUCCUGCUGGUCACCGUGCUGCACCUCCACUACUUCCACGACCACUUCCUGGAGCUCACCGACCUCAAGGCCGUCGCCACCAAGCAGGAGAGCAGCAUCUACAGGUUGGCCCACCCCGACGGCAGCCUGGCAGACCUGGCCAUGCUCAGCUCCUCCCCAGACCCCCUGCUGAAGGAGGAGCGCGACCGCUCUCGCUCGGGUUCCGACCUGGAGGAUGGCAGUGCCAGCGAGAAGCUGGUCCUGGUGGUGGACGGCAUAGAUGGCCCCAAGGAGCCCAAGGAGGUCAAGGGGGGGCCCAGGUCCCGGCAGGCAUCUAUGCUGCUGUCCAGCCAGGAGGAGAGCGUCCGCAGCACAGCCUCCGAGCCAGAACCCUCCACGGACCAGAGCUCAGACCUGAAGAACAAGUGGCACCUGGUGGUUGACCGGCUGACGGUGCUGCUCCUGAAGUUCCUGGAGUACUUCCACAAGCUUCAGCUCUUCAUCUGGUGGCUGCUGGAGAUACACAUCAUCAAGAUCGUCUCCUCAUACAUCAUCAUGGUCUCUGUCAAGGAGGUGUCCCUGUUUAACUACGUGUUCCUGGCGUCUUGGGCGUUCGCGAUGCCCUUUGGUCAGUUCCGUCCACUAGCCUCCAGCAUCUGCACAGUGUGGACCUGUGUCAUCAUCAUCUGCAAAAUGUUGUACCAACUGGAAAGUUUUGAGCCAAAAAACUACUCCAGCAACUGCACCCUGGGUCCGGAGUACAUUAACACCAGCGUGCUGAACGAGAUCAAUGGCUCGUGGAUGUACACGGAGUUGGUGGACCCCUCCCAGUGGGUGGGGCUACAGAAGGUUGACCUUCUGCUGGAGUUCCUCAGGAACAACUUGCUGAUGUUGGCUAUACUAGCCUUUGAGGUGACCAUAUACCGCCAUCAGGAGUACCAUCGUCUGCAUAACAACCUCAGCCCACCCCCUUCCAGAACAAUCUUUCAUGACAUCACACGGCCACACCUUGACAUGGGCAUCAUCAACUGUGCCAAGUACUUCAUCAACUACUCCUUCUACAAAUUUGGGCUUGAGGUUUGCUUCCUGCUGGCGGUAAAUGUGAUUGGCCAGAGGAUGGACUUCUACGCCAUGUUCCACGCUUUCGGACUGAUAGCCGUCAUGUACCGGCGACGGAGGAAAGCCAUUGCGGAGAUCUGGCCCAAAUACUGCUGCUUCCUGGCCUGCCUGAUCACCUUUCAGUACUUUGUAUGCAUUGGCAUACCACCAGCCGCCUGUAAAGAAUACCCCUGGAGGUUUCCCAGCACUACCGUGGACUCAAAUGUGAUCAAGUGGCUCUACCUACCGGACUUCCACUCUAAACCAAACCCUAUGUUUCUCGCUUAUGACUUCAUGCUGCUACUGUGUGCGUCGCUGCAGAGGCAGGUGUUUGACGAGGAGAAUAGGGCGUCAGUGCGCCUCAUGGCCGGAGACAACGUCGAGAUCUGCAGAGACCUGGACGCGGCGUCCUUUGCUGUCCACAACCCCGUGCCUGACUUCAUCCACUGCAGGUCGUACCUGGACAUGCUGAAGGUGAUCAUGUUCAGCUACCUGUUCUGGUUCGUGCUGACCAUCAUCUUCAUCACGGGCACCACCCGCAUCAGCGUCUUCUGCAUGGGCUACCUGGUGGCCUGCUUCUACUUCCUGCUCUUCGGGGGAGACCUGCUGCUCAAGCCAAUCAAAAAGAUCCUCCACUACUGGGACUUCCUCAUCGCCUACAACAUAUUCGUCAUCACCAUGAAAAACAUCCUGUCGAUUCUGGCGUGUGGCUACAUUAAGCAGUUGAUGAAAAACCACUGUUGGCUGAUCCAACUGUUCAGCCUGGCCUGCACCAUUAAAGAAUACAAAGUCUAUGCUGAAAUUAACGACCCAGUGAAAACGGACACGAAAACGGACAUCAGUAAGUGUGAGUUGCCUAGCGACGAGGCGGGCAUCAUUUGGGACAGCAUCUGCUUUGCGUUCCUGUUGCUACAGCGACGGGUCUUCAUGAGCUACUACUUCCUGCACGUGGUCGCUGACAUCCGCGCUGGCCAGAUACUCGCAUCCAGAGGUGCGGAGCUGUUCCAGGCCACCAUUGUGAAGGCAGUGAAGGCUCGACUGGAAGAGGAGAACAAGUCCAUGGAGCAACUCAAGAGACAGAUGGACCGCAUCAAGAUGCGCCAGGAGAAGCACAAGAAGGGCAAGGAGAAGAUGCUGAACCAGGAGUCCGGCGACGCUCAGAACCUCCCCCCACCCCCCGAGCAAGACGAGGAGGAUGAUGAUGGAGCAGCGAAAAAGAAGGCCAAAAAAAAGCAGUGGUGGAGGCCGUGGGUUGACCAUGCUUCCAUGGUGAAGAGUGGAGAUUAUUACCUGUUCGAGACGGAGAGUGAGGAAGAGGAGGAAGAGGAGGAGAAAAAAGAGGAGGAGCCACCCAAAAAGUCAGCUUUCCAGUUUGUGUACCAUGCCUGGAUCACUGACUCCAAGACGGCCCUGAAGGAACGCAGCAAGGAGAAGCGCCGCUUCUGGAAGCGAUACACCAGAGGAAGACACAGGAAGAGCAAGAAAGAUGGUCACGUGACCAUCGAGGUCGGCGAUUCAGAGCAGUCGGAGACUGAGGAGGAGGGGAAGAAGUCUCCAGGUCCUAGUACCUUGUUUUGUAUCUUCUCAUUUGUUACAGACAACAUCAUCAAGCGUGUGUUCAACAUCAUCAAGUUCACCUGGGUGCUGCUGCUGACCACCAUAGACAGCCUGACCAAGUGGAUGAACUCCAUGUGCCGGGAGUACGUCGACAUCUCCACCGUGCUGCGCAUCGAACGCUGCAUGCUCACCAGGGAGGUCAAGAAGGGCAAUGUGCCGUCGCGUGAGAGCAUCCAGGUGUACUACCAGAAGAAGAUGCGUGCCAUGUCCCAGGAGUCUGGGCUGGACCGCAUCAGCGAGGAGGACUCCAUGUCCGGGUCGCACAGGGUGCGGAGGAGGCGCGCCGCCUACAGGGUGGACAGCCAGGACUCACGCGACUCCGUGGCCUCGCGAGACAGCAUGUCCAGUGCCUACACUGAGGCCACGAUGCUCUUUUCCCGGCAAUCCACUCUGGAUGACCUGGACGAUAUGCCACAGUGCAUACCAAAAACCAGCGAGCGUGCCAGGCCAAAGCUACGCAAAAUGUACGGCCUGGACAUGUCCAACUCGUCUGCCGACAGCGGGAGCAGCAUUAUAUCCAGCGAGCCCACGCAAUGUGUCACGCUGUUCUCGCGGCAAGGCACGAACGACACCAUCGAGGAGGUGGAGGGGGAACAGGACCAGGCAGAUGAGGAGGAGCAGGUGGAGCAGCAACAGGAGGAGCAGGUUGAACAGGAGCAGGGGCAGGAGCAGGAGCAGGAGCAGCAGCAGCAGCAGCAGCAGCAGCAGCAGCAGGAGCAGGAGCAGCAAGCACAAGACCAAGACCAAGAUCACGACCAAGAGCAGGAGCACUCAGAGGCCAUGGGGCAAACUGAGGAGGAGGAGGAGGAGGAGGAGGAGGAUCACGGAGCCUCCAGCAGCCUCUGCGUCGAGGUGGGAGGUGAAGAGACGGACGCGGAGCGAGGGGAGGUGCAGGAGGAGGCUGCGUGGGAGGACGGGGGAGCAGGAGCAGAGGCAGCCGAGGGAGAGACGCAGCCCUCCGGCACGGACGACGAGGGGAGAGGGGAGUACGCGGAGCGGGGGGGCCAUGAGGAGGCCGGCGAGUCCUCGGGCCUGGAGUACCAGCACCCCGACGGGAGAGAAGGCCAGCUCUUCACGCCUGACACCGACGCCCCCAACACCUCCGACGCGGAGGUACCGCCCAGCUACAGCAAGGCGGUGAGCUUCGACCGGCUGAAUGUGAGCUUCGACCGGCUGUCGGCCAGCGUGGACAGCAGUGAUGACGACAAGAGGCUGAUGAUCAUGACCCCUGACAGCCGCUCCGACCUCGACGACCUCCUGCUGCCCUCCAUGACCACAGAGCUGACCGCCAGCGAACUCCUGCUCAAUAAGAUGUUCUACGAUGAGGAGUUGGAGAACUCGGAGCGGUUCUACAAGGGCCAGCCUCUGCUGCUGCAGCUGGGCUACGCGCUGUACAACAUGCUGGUGGCCAACUCGGAGAUGGUCUGCUACCUGGUCAUCAUCCUCAACCACAUGAUCUCCGCCUACAUGGCCACCCUGGUGCUGCCCAUCCUCAUCUUCCUCUGGGCCAUGCUCUCCGUGCCCAGGCCCAGCAAGCGCUUCUGGAUGACCGCCAUCGUCUACACCGAGGUGACGAUUGUAGUGAAGUACUUCUUCCAGUUUGGCUUCUUCCCGUUCAACAAAAACCUGGCGAUGAACAAGAACAAGCCGUACCACCCGCCCAACAUCAUCGGCACGGAGAAGAAGGAAGGCUACGUGCACUACGACCUGGUGCAGCUCCUGGUGCUCUUCUUCCAUCGCUCCAUUCUGAAGUGCCACGGCCUAUGGGAUGAUGACGACCCUAGGCCACCUCCCACAAAGGACAAGGGUCUUCAUCGUGACGAGUCGGAAGACGAGGAGAAGGUGUUAUCUGAAAAGGCGUCCUCAGGUUCCAUCCACUCCCGCUCCCAGCAGGACCGUAAGAGCUCCGUCGGCUCCAUGAGGUCCAUCAACUUUGGCACGUCCGUGGACUCCGCGCAGGUGCAGGUACAGGUGCGCACACCUGAGCAGCGCACCUAUCAGAGGAGGCGUAAGAGCUCCAGUGGCGCCUCACACCUGUCCAGGCACUCCUCCCUGCGCUCCAAAAGAGGCAGCACCAGCACACGCAAUAGCAGUAAGAAGGAUGGAAGUGAGCCUGAGGUCCAUCAGAAGACGCGGAAGGAGAUGAUCAUAGAGAAGAUCAAAGAGCAACUCAUAAAGGUCAAGAUCUUCCUUCUCAAGAGAUUUAUGGAGAUCUACCUGCCCAUUCGCCAGUUUUUCUACAACCUCAUCCAUCCAGAGUACAGUGCUGUGACAGACGUUUAUGUGAUGAUGUUCCUGGCAGAGACUGUGAACUUCAUCAUUAUUGUGUUUAACUUCACGGCUUUUGGAAAACACACAGGUGGAGCUGACAUCGCCUCCUCCCUGUCUGAGGACCAGGUGCCUGGUGCUUUCCUGGUCAUGGUUCUAAUCCAGUUCGGCACCAUGGUGGUGGAUCGGGCCCUGUACCUCAAGAAGACGGUUAUGGGCAAGGUCAUAUUCCAGGUCGUCCUGGUGUUCGGGAUCCAUUUCUGGAUGUUUUUCCUCCUUCCUGGAGUGACGGAAAGGCGUUUCAGUGAUAAUCGGGUGGCUCAGGUAUGGUACUUUGUGAAGUGUAUCUACUUUGGCCUGUCAGCCUAUCAGAUCCGCUGUGGCUACCCCACCAGGGUGCUGGGGAACUUCCUCACCAAGAGCUACAACUACGUGAACCUGUUCCUCUUCCAAGGGUUCCGGUUGAUUCCAUUCCUGACGGAGUUGCGAGCGGUGAUGGACUGGGUGUGGACGGACACCACCCUCAGCCUGUCCAGCUGGAUCUGCGUGGAGGACAUCUACGCCCACAUAUUCGUGCUCAAGUGCUGGAGAGAGUCUGAGAAGCGUUAUCCCCAACCCAGAGGCCAGAAGAAGAAGAAGGUGGUGAAGUAUGGCAUGGGGGGCAUGAUCGUCAUGCUGCUCAUCUGCAUCGUCUGGUUCCCGCUGCUCUUCAUGUCCCUUGUCAAGUCCAUGGCCGGCGUCGUCAACAAACCCCUGGACGUGUCCAUCAGCCUGCAGCUCGGAGGGUUUGAGCAUAUCUUCACCAUGAGCGCCCAGCAAAAUCACCUGAAGAAUGUCACUGAGACUGAAUACAAUAAAUUCCUGCGGGAAUUUGGAUCAAACGCAGACAUCAUGCAGUUCCUGGAGACCUACAUUUACGAGGACCUGACCAUAGCUCACCUGGAGGGCAGCUCCAACUCCCUGUGGACCAUCAGCCCCCCCAGCAGGAAGAACCUCAUGGAGGUGCUGCACGAAGACGACUUCACCAUCACCAUCGACUGGUCUGUGCAAAGGAACCUUACAUUAGGGGCCAAGGCGGAGGUAGCCAGCGGCAAGUUCGUGAAAAACCUGGCGAAUGACACAAGGAACGCACUGGUGGAGCUGCUCAACGGCACCAGGACAAAAUCAGUGACAAUUCCGCACAUUUUCCCUCAGUAUCUAAGAGCUCCAAGUGAUUCCAAUGCUAAACCCAUCGACCAGUUUUAUGACGAGGAGAACUAUAUGGACAUAACAGUGAACCUGAGGAGGCCUGAGUCGAAAUCGAAAUCCAACCAAACGAAAGCGGCGAAUGAAACAGGGAUGACCCAGGAGUGGUGGAUAAUAGACCAGACCUCAGGCCGCAUCAGCAAAGACAAGAAGAAAGAAGGGCUGGAGUUCUAUGUAUUCAGUGACCAGGUCAGCCCACCCAGCGUGGGCUUCUUGGCGGGAUAUGGGAUCAUGGGCCUGUACGCGUCGGUGGUGCUGGUCAUCGGGAAGUUUGUGCGCGAGUUCUUCAGUGGCAUCCACCACACCAUCAUGUUCGAGGAGCUGCCCAACGUGGACCGCAUCCUCAAGCUCUGCACCGACAUCUUCCUGGUGCGCGAGACCGGGGAGCUGGACCUGGAAGAGGACCUCUACUCCAAGCUGAUAUUCCUCUACCGCUCCCCAGAGACCAUGAUCAAAUGGACAAGGGAGAAGACUCAGUAGACAAACUAAAAAAGGGCCCGGUGUAGGCUAGCAGCAGCGCAACAAGGCUCAGUGUAGGGGGCCUGUUCUUUCUUUUAAAAAAUACUCAAAAGACGAGAUGGACAUCAAGCACAUAAGCAAACACAAGGUUGAGGAAAAGCUUGGCCGUGAUGUUGUUUGCAAAGGCUGCAGGUAUUCCUCAUUUGGUUUGUGCCACAGAGAAAUAAAUGGUUGUGUUUACAGUACACAGCUUUGUCCCAACGUGGAGGAGGGAUGGUCACACUUCCUCCAGCUGCUGGGUACUUUGAAGGGCUUCCUCCGGGACUGGAGAUGAACACGAGGAACAGAGCGUGGUCUCGUCUACCCUCCCCAAGUCAGACAUAUCCAGCCCCUACCUGGCGUAUGCUUGUUUGGCCAGGGCCAUGGGUUGCUGUCUGGUGUUUAUUACUAUGGUGACACGUCAGGCCAGCGCGGAUGGCGAAUAAAGAUGCACUUUUCCAAAGAUUAUUUAUUCUAGAAUUGGCUCCGAGUUCUGGAACACGAACACUUAGAACAGUCACUAUGGCUACAAGGACAGACUCUUAGUGAUAUAACAGAGGAAGAAAAAGAAGAAAAAAAACACAUAUAUAUAUAAAAAUAUGAUCUUGCCUUAUUUUGUUUGUACGACUGAAAAAAAACUUGACAACGCAGUAAUUACUAACACUAUUUCUCAGGAAGAAAAACACUACAACAUAAUAUCACAUAUCAUUUCCAUAUGAUACUACAUGUGAAUGUAAACAUGAAUAGAAAUAGCUUUCCUUGUAUCCUCAGUCCCCAUGAGACACAAAAUGCUAUGUCUCUGUAUGUGCACCCCCCUCUGUUACAGGUACUGGUGUCGUUUGUGCGUGUUUGACUGACUGGGUAUAAUGAGCUUGAUGUAGUGAAAUGUCAAAUGGGACAAAAUUGUUAAAAACCAAAGAUGGACUGCAGAGUUACGUGUGUGAGUUGGUGUGGAGAAAAUGAGGGUGCAUUUUGUGUCUGCUCGUGUAAAUAUUGUCAUUUUUGGGAUCAUUGCAAUCCAUGGACAGUGAAGUGGAGUGAGGAAGACAUGGAGGCACAAAGGGUGGAAAGUGAAGCCACCCCAGCGAAGGACGUAACCCAUUCAGAGAGAGAGAUACGGGAUAUGCUGGAACGUCUCUCCACUGAGAGAGACAGGGCGACACUCAGUGGCCACAGUUUUCUUUCCAAAAUGAUCCAUGUACUCCCACUUAUAACCACCCAAUAUUAAGAAGUAGUAAUACAAGGAUAGAAAAAAAGGUUUUUAAAAAUGCCGUUCCAAAAGUCACUUGAAAUAUGCAUUAGUGUAAGCAUGAGAACAUGAUUUUUGACUUGAGGCCUCUAAUUACAUUGCAAACCCUGUGUAGAGGGCCAUAGACAUAUUAAAAGUGUAUGGAGUAAGGUUGAACCCAUGUCCCAGUAUUAGCUCUUAACACCGCAUGUUAUCAUCAUUCAUUUGAAUUUGCUGUAUGGUUUCUCUCAAACCUUUUUUUUUAAGUCAUUCUUCAUUCCAACAGAUUUUUGAUCAGCUGCAUGUUGUAGCCCUAGAGCAACACCUAUGAAUAAAA